AGUGCAUAUUGUAACAUAACGUGUACAAGUUUUAAGGCACCUCAAUGUGUGCGCCAAGUGGCGCUGUAGUCUCACACAUUGCACAUCACUGCGAGCUUAAUUUCAACGUCAUUAUCACAUUUGGCCAUUUUGCAAUGAACCCUUGUUUUCUGCGACUCUGGCUUUAGACAAAAUAUUGCGGUUUACGUCGAGGAAACAUUUAAUAUUUUAUCCCUUCACUAACAGUUCUUUUUGCAUCUAAUUUUGGAGUCAUAUCCAAUGCUUUGUUGCUCCAUGAACUGCGUUGUCAUUGCAUCAUAAGCAUUUGAUCAGACAAUGGAUUCUGAUUUGAACACCCGGUCAUGGAGAAGGUAUGUCGCGUUGUUUUUACUUUUAUCAGUAUUUUAUCAAUCGGCUCUGGCUGUUACUCACUAUUCUAUUCCAGAGGAGAUGGAAGUGGGAUCUGUCGUGGCAAAUUUAGCCACUGAUUUGGGACUUGAUGUACAGACUUUGAUUAAACGAAACAUCCGUUUAGAUGUUAUUGCUAGCAAGAAAUACCUCGCCAUAAACAAAGACAGGGGCGAGCUGUACAUACUAGAGAAGAUUGAUCGUGAAUAUCUGUGUCCUGCCAAAACCACUUGCUUUUUAAAAAUGGAAGUUAUAGUGGAGAACCCUGAGCGAAUAUUUUACAUAGAACUGGAAAUCACAGAUAUCAAUGACAAUAACCCUCAAUUUCGACGAGACACAAUCAAUUUAGAUAUCACUGAAUCUACACCUGCGGGUGAGCGAUUUUCUGUCAGCAAUGCAGUGGAUUCUGAUGUCGGUUCCAACUCGGUUAAAACGUAUUAUCUGAGCCAGAAGGAGCACUUUGAUAUUGAAAUUCAGUCUGGGAGGGACGGCUCCAAAUUUGCUGAUUUAAUUUUAAAAAAGGCACUAGAUCGUGAAACCCAACCAGUUCAUAAUCUGAUACUCACAGCAGUGGAUGGCGGAGUUCCUCCGCGUUCAGGAACGGCCAGUAUCGUCGUUCGUGUGUUGGAUGCAAAUGACAACGCCCCUAAAUUUGAUCAGGAGAGCUACACCAUCAGUUUAACUGAAAACUCACCCAUAGGCAGCCUGGUUGUUAAAUUAAAUGCAACAGAUCUAGAUGAGGGUUCUAAUGCCGACCUUGUGCAUUCAUUUAGUCUGUAUACAUCAGAGAAAACACAGAAAGCGUUCAGUUUAAACCCUGAUAGUGGUGAAAUUAGAGUGAAGGAGAUGGUUAAUUAUGAAGAUUUUAAAAUUUACGAUAUGGAGGUUAUAGCAUCAGAUAAAGGAACUCAUCCAUUAUCCGGUCAAUGUAAAUUAUCCAUUAUAAUUACCGACAUGAAUGACAAUCACCCAGAAAUUUCAAUUAAGUCAUUUCAGAGUCCAGUAAAAGAGGAUGUACCUGUUAAUACAGUAAUCGCAGUUGUUAGUGUGAGUGAUAAAGACUCAGGAGAAAAUGGACAGGUAGAUAUUCAUAUUUCUGAUUAUUUACCGUUUGCACUCAAAGAAUCAUCU